CUCGCUUUCAUUUGCCGGCUGUUUUUGAUAGACUACGUCAUACCUGCUUUGCCUUCCAGCAUGUCUCUUCCAUGCCUUCUCUGCCUGCAGCUAUUAGACUGCUUGAAUGCGGGUUACUGACAAGCUUCUAGGCCGGUCUCAGUCUGAUUCAGUCAGCAUUACCUCAAUUAUCUGCCUAGGAUCAGUUGGCGCUUUCUUCGAGCGACCCUGUCUGUAGCUGAACCGCUAUCUUCUCUUCGACCGCCGCGUCCAUACCCGAGCAGCUAUUCGAAUCUCCUCCAUCCUGUCUGGCUGCUCGCUUCUCAACAUUGCCCGCACGCCCAAUGUUCCUCUUCCUCGUGCGAGCCGAGUACUCCGAAAAGCCUCUGACAUUGUCUUUCAUUUGUCGUGGGAACUCGUGAACUCAUGACAGCAUCAAAACCAGUAUGGAAAUCUCUCCAUUCCAAUCCCGGAACGAUGCGCUGCGAGGAACUCUGCAGCUGCUCUCCGGACAAGAUCCGACCACACACAUCAACACUGAAAAAUUUCAAGAGAUUGAUAAGUGCGCUUUUGUCAAUCCAAAAUCGAAGAAGGUUCCCGCUCGUAGCUACGGAAAGUGGUACGUCUGCAUCGCCGGCGACCUUCGACACUCAUCGCACAUCUCGGUCUUCACGCCGUCACUUCGCAUAAGACUAUUCGCUGGUUGGUGAAGAUGGCACAGCUCGUCGGCGCCCUUGCCAAUGCGCUGCCCGAUCUGCAGUUGGCUGCUCGAUCGUCCAAGGGUG